GCCUGAGCGCAACUAGCGGCGGGUCGUGGGCACCUCCAGGUCAUGUUGCAGAAAGGCAGCAAGUGGGAAAAGGACUCCACGUCUCCAGCCACUGAAAUGUGCCUUCAGUAGCUAGUGUCUGAUGCCCAGUUAGUGGUGGUGGUGGUGGUUCUCUUCACCCUGGAGUUAGAUUGCCUGGAUACAGAUCUAGGUUUGACCGCUUUCUAGCUGUGACAUUAUUGGGCAAGUUACUCAACCUUUCUGCUUCCUCUGUAAUAAGGGACUAGUAAUAGUGUCUACCCGGAGCGCUUCUGUUUCAUAUCCAUAUCCCACUUUAUUCCUGAUAAUCUGCUAAUGCAGUAAAUUUGAAGAAAACUAUUGCCAGGAUUACCUGUAAUGGGCAAGGAGCCACAGAGAAGAGAACAUUUCUUUUAAUUUUUGAACUUGGUUUGAAAGACCAGCAUGUUUUGGAAAUUCGAUCUUCACUCAUCAUCCCACAUAGACACACUUCUAGAAAGAGAAGAUGUAACACUGAAGGAGUUAAUGGAUGAGGAAGAUGUUUUACAGGAAUGUAAAGCUCAGAACCGCAAACUUAUAGAGUUUCUGUUAAAAGCAGAAUGUCUCGAAGAUUUAGUCUCAUUUAUUAUAGAAGAACCACCUCAAGACAUGGAUGAAAAGAUCAAAUACAAGUAUCCAAAUAUAUCUUGUGAGUUGCUCACAUCCGAUGUCUCCCAGAUGAACGAUAGACUGGGAGAAGAUGAAUCCUUGCUAAUGAAAUUAUAUAGCUUCCUCCUAAACGAUUCCCCCUUGAACCCACUACUUGCCAGUUUCUUCAGCAAGGUGCUAAGUAUUCUUAUCAGCAGAAAACCAGAACAGAUUGUGGAUUUCUUAAAGAAGAAACGUGAUUUUGUAGACCUUAUUAUAAAGCAUAUAGGAACUUCUGCUAUCAUGGAUUUGUUGCUGAGGCUCCUGACAUGUAUUGAGCCUCCACAGCCCAGGCAAGAUGUGCUGAAUUGGUUAAAUGAGGAGAAAAUUAUCCAGAGGCUUGUGGAAAUAGUUCAUCCAUCGCAAGAAGAAGAUUUGAUUUGUUUCCCUAGGCAAGAAAUUAUAGAACAGCUUCUAUCAAAUAUUUUCCACAAGGAGAAAAAUGAAUCAGCCAUAGUCAGUGCAAUCCAGAUAUUGCUGACUUUACUUGAGACACGACGGCCAACUUUUGAAGGCCAUAUAGAGAUCUGCCCACCAGGCAUGAGUCAUUCAGCUUGUUCGGUCAACAAGAGUGUUCUAGAAGCCAUCAGAGGAAGACUUGGAUCUUUUCAUGAACUCCUGCUUGAGCCACCUAAGAAAAGUGUGAUGAAGACUACAUGGGGUGUACUCGAUCCUCCUGUGGGGAAUACCCGGUUGAAUGUAAUUAGGUUGAUAUCCAGCCUGCUUCAAACCAAUACCAGCAGUAUAAAUGGGGACCUUAUGGAGCUGAAUAGCAUUGGAGUCAUACUGGACAUGUUCUUCAAAUACACAUGGAAUAACUUUUUGCAUACUCAAGUGGAAAUUUGUAUUGCAUUGAUUCUUGCAAGUCCUUUUGAAAACACAGAAAAUGGCACAAUUACUGAUCAAGACUCCACUGGUGACAAUUUGUUAUUGAAACAUCUUUUUCAAAACUGUCAGUUAAUAGAACGAAUACUUGAAGCCUGGGAAAUGAAUGAGAAGAAGCAGGCUGAGGGAGGAAGACGGCAUGGUUACAUGGGACACCUAACAAGGAUAGCUAACUGUAUCGUGCACAGUACUGAUAAGGGCCCCAACAGUGCAUUAGUACAGCAACUUAUCAAAGAUCUUCCCGACGAAGUCAGGGAGCGAUGGGAGACGUUCUGCACAAGCUCCUUAGGAGAAACUAACAAGAGGAACACGGUAGAUCUAGUUACAACCUGCCAUAUUCAUUCAUCCAGUGAUGAUGAAAUUGACUUUAAAGAAACGGGUUUCUCACAGGAUUCUUCUUUGCAGCAAGCCUUUUCUGAUUAUCAGAUGCAACAAAUGACGUCCAAUUUUAUUGACCAGUUUGGCUUCAACGAUGAGAAGUUUGCAGAUCAAGAUGACAUUGGCAAUGUUUCUUUUGAUCGGGUAUCAGACAUCAACUUUACUCUCAAUACAAAUGAAAGUGGAAAUAUUGCCUUGUUUGAGGCAUGUUGUAAGGAAAGAAUACAGCAGUUUGAUGAUGGUGGCUCUGAUGAGGAAGAUAUCUGGGAGGAAAAGCACAUUGCAUUUACACCAGAAUCCCAAAGACGAUCCAGCUCGGGGAGUACAGACAGUGAGGAAAGUACAGACUCUGAAGAAGAAGAUGGAGCAAAACAAGACUUGUUUGAAUCCAGUAGUGCCAACACAGAGGAUAAAAUGGAGGUAGAUUUGAAUGAACCACCCAACUGGUCAGCCAACUUUGACGUCCCAAUGGAGACGACCCACGGUGCUCCAUUAGACUCUGUGGGGUCAGACGUCUGGAGCACAGAGGAGCCAAUGCCAACUAAAGAGACAGGCUGGGCUUCUUUUUCAGAGUUCACAUCUUCCCUGAGUACAAAAGAUUCUUUGAGGAGUAAUUCUCCAGUGGAAAUGGAAACCAGCACUGAGCCUAUGGACCCCCUGACUCCCAGUGUUGCUUCACUGGUGGCACAGCCAGAAGCACCAAGCAGUGUGGCCAUGGAAGCCAGCUCUGAUGGAGAGGAGGAUGCAGAAAGUCCAGACAAGGUAACUGAGACAGUGAUGAACGGCAGCAUGAAGGAAACGCUCAGCCUCACUGUAGAUGCCAAGACAGAGACCGCGGUCUUCAAAAGAGUGUUGAAAUCCUAUCGUGAGGAAGGCAAACUCUCUACCUCUCAAGAUGCUGCUUGUAAAGACGUGGGAGAGACCCCUGAGACGGCAGAGGUGAAGUGUGCAGUACCCCGGCCCCCCAGCAGUAGUCCAGAGCAGAGGACUGACCAGCCAAGUGUGCCAAGUGACACAUCAGUUAAUGGCCCUGUAUGAUAAGUGAUGUCUGCUGCUGCUGACUGAGGACUGCAGACUGCCACCAUUCAGGGGCUCUGGAGGGGUCACCUGGAGCCCACCAAGCCGUCACUGCUGCACUCACUCUGCAAGAGAUCAGGACCAGCAACCUUUAUAUACUAGAUUCUAAGACGUUGUACAGAGAAGUUCAGACGUGUACAAAUAUUGCACAUUGACAAAUACCAAGAAUUUUUGCGUAUGUUUAUAUUGUAUUGUUCUAAAUAAUGGGUAGCCUGUGAAAUAAGAUCUUGCCACCCAUGUAAUAAUAGUAGUAAUACUAUAGGUAAAAUGGCUGUAAGAAUAGUUUUAUAAAAGUGAAUACACAGAUCUAUUGUAUUUGAAACAUAACUAUUUGACAAUUAUUAGUGUGACCAAAGUAUUAGGCAGUUUUCAUACAUUUUUCACCUUGUACAAAAUUCUGAAUUCAUUUUUCUUCCAGGUUGGCAAGGAACUGUAGAAUUGAAAUGCCCUCUAAGUGUUAUUUUGGUGGUUCUAACUUACAAAAGUGAUUUUGAAUAAGGAAUAUUUGGUGUUCUUUUUAUAACCAGUUUUUGAUUGAUAAUUGUUUUCUGUAUUGUUUAAAACGGAUCAAAAAUGUAAGUCUAUUGGUAGAGAUUAAGUAUUUAUUGCUACAACUUAGUUGAUAAAUUGUCAUUAUUGUAAAGCCAUAUGUUCUGUUAAAGUCUUGUUUGCUUGAAAUGAUUAUUCCUACAGGUGAAACACUAGAAUAUUUGGAGUGUAUAUGGCUUGUGGUUUGGGUUUUUUAUUUUGGUUUUUCUUCUUGUUUUUUUGUUUUGUUUUGGUAGUUCAUCUGCCUUUUAACCCAUUCACCAAAAAAUUUACCUUGUUAACAAGCAUCACCAAUGAGCAUUUCAGAGCAGUCUGCAUACUUAACAUACCUAAAUCGUAUGAGGCAAGUCAGAUGAAAAAUGCUCGUGCUGCUAAUGGGAUUAGAGUGCGUUCAUUUUACAGGCUAGUAUUUUAAAAGUAGAAAUCAGAACCUGGCACCUAGGCAUGUUAACUGUUUUACUGUACCUUGUGAGGUUUUCACUCGGAAAUUCUAAACCAGUGUAUUUUUUUAGAACUGGUUUGUGUAUAUAAUAGUGAUUAUGGAUACUAAUUCAAUGUAAUUUAUAAUUUUCUAUGUCAAUAUAAAAAUACAUCACAGCCUUCUCAAACAGCUGAAGCAAUAUAUUGUAUAUUGCCAUAUCGUCUGGUGAAAGGGUUAAAUUACUUCACCUCUUGCACUUUUAGAUGCAAAUCAGUUUUUCAUUUCUGUAAUAGAAAAUUAUUCACAUAUUUUUACAUCAUUUGUUUUUCCUGACCAGUAUUUAAAACCAAAAGGAUAUUCUGAAAAAUGGCCAACAAUUUUUUUAGAAAUAGCAUCCCAAGCAGCGUGCCUCAACAUUACAUUGCAUAUGGAAAUAAAAGAAUCAAAUGUCUAAUGCCUUAUUUCUUAUUUACUUUUUCAUUUUAACUGGUGUAGAACUUCUUCGUGAGGUUUCCCAAGGCGAACCUAGCACUCCAAGGACAGUGGAGUCGGCAGGAAGCCCUGGGACAGAUGGCAAGGGUGGCUUACUUGACCUUUACACGCCUCCUCAGGAACCUCUUUCUGUUGUGAGCUCCACUCAGAAGAGACUGUCCUCGUGCAUGCUCCUCUUGAACCUGAUGCCACCAGAGGACGGGGCUCCUCCACUCGUCUCAGGGAUGCCUGGUUUGUGUGGCACGGGACCUCGGGGAUUGCUGGGGUUGACGCACUCUUGUCUCGCCGGGUGGUGAGCUUGCUGGCCACAGCCAGGGUUCAGCUGCAGUGGUGGCCCUCGCUGCCUCUAGGGUUUGGGUUUGGUUGGCUUUUCCACCCAUCCAAGGUAACACUGUCUUCUUUCAUCCCACUUACUGCUAGGGAAAGAGCAGCUGGGGUUUUUCUUUGGGGUGGUAUUUUAUUUUACUUGUCUUAUGUGGCAGGGAGAGGACAUGAGGAUGAAAGAAUAAAGUCUGUUGGGGGUUGGAGAGCGCCAGCCCGAGGACAGGUGGGAGCACACUCUCAUCUAGUUUUCUACUUUAAUUUCUGUGUAUUGGCCGUACUGAAUUGUGAGACUGACAGAUGUCUGCGAUACAAUACCUGUAUUAAAGAUAACAAAAAUAAAGCCUGAUUCUCAGUUUCUAGAAA